GUCUGACAUAUAUUUGGUCUGAACAUGGAACGCCUGAAGUUGGUCUCACAGCACGUGACUAGCCCAGAGAGUGCCCCAGUGCUUUGGCGGCCAAAAGAGAGCUACGCUCGCACUACAAAAAUGCGUAAGUUUCGCCAGCUAGUCCAGCAAAAGUUCGACAGUGACGUGGAUGGUUACGAAGCAUUGCACAAGUGGUCUGUGGAAAACCUAGGUUUAUUCUGGUCUGUGUGUUGGGAUUUUGUUGGGAUGAUCGGAGAGAAGAAUUCAGCUGCUCUGGAAAAUGAGAAGGACAUGGUCGGCUCCUGUUUUUUCCCACGGAGCUACGUGAAUCUGGCGGAAAACUGCCUCCGGCCGAGCAAGAACACUGUUGCCUGCAUUUUCAAUGGCGAAGGGCAUGCCUCCAGAACGAUCACCCGGCAUGAGCUACGAGGGAUGGUCUCUAUUCUUCAGCAAGCUUUCGUCGCAAAGGGCAUCCAGAAAGGCGAUAGAGUGUGUGGGGUGACCGCGAAUACGCCCGAGACCAUUGCAGUCAUGCUGGCUCUGGCAUCGCUUGGAGCAAUAUGGAGCAGCGUGUCACCAGACUUCGGAGCAUCGGGCGUGGUCGAACGAUUCGAACAGGUAUCCCCAAAGAUGAUAUUCUUGGCCGAUGGGUACUAUGUCAAAGGCAAAUGGAUGGGAGAAGAAGUGGCUACGACAGCUCGAGAGAUCGUUCAUCUACUCGGGUUCGAUAAUGACCUGGAUAAGGUUGUGGUACUUCCAUUCAAGCGAUCUGGUGCAAAGAGGACUCGAUUGCCGUACCAGACUCUGCGAGCCUUUUUGGGAGGGUUCAAGCCGAGGCGAGUCGAGUAUGCGAAGACGGCCUUCAAUGACCCGGUCUUUAUAAUGUUCUCCAGUGGAACCACGGGGAAGCCUAAAUGCAUUGUUCACAAGCAUGGUUGCCUCCUACAAUUGAUGAAAGAGCAUCAACUGCACUGCGAUAUCCGUCCUGGAGAUAAGGCCUUUUACUAUACCACGACAGCAUGGAUGAUGUGGCAGUGGCUUACCACGAUGCUGGCUUCUGAGGCGACGAUUCUACUGUAUGAUGGUAAUCCUUUCUAUCCUAACCCAGCUGUUCUGCCAAAACUUUGUAAGACGCAUGGCGUCAAGUUCUUCGGAGUUUCGGCUAAAUACAUCGAUGCGUUGCGCAAAUCACUGGAGCGAGAUCCGAAGCUAUUGUCGCAACUGAACAUGGAUCAAGUUAGGAUGAUCUCCAGCACGGGUUCCCCGUUGGUACCGGAGAACUACGAUUUCUUGUACAGACAUUGGCCGCAUAUAUGCGUGUCUUCUAUCAGUGGUGGCACUGACAUUAUCAGUACCUUCAUGCUAGGCAAUCCGGAUGGAGUCGUCAGGCGAGGGCAAAUCCAAUGUCGUGGAUUGGGCAUGGCCGUGGAGGUGUGGGACGACUCCGGGCGUCCAGCUCGGCCAGGCGCUACAGGCGAGCUCGUGUGUACCAAGCCUUUCCCAUCCCAACCUUGGGGAUUCUGGGGGGAUGACGCAAACAAGACUAAGUACCGUGGGGCGUACUUCAACAGUGAGUUCGGCCCGAAUGUGUGGUACCACGGCGACUUCUGUGCUCUCUAUGCUGAGGGGGGUUUAGCAGUUUUCGGGCGUAGUGAUGCAACACUCAACCCGGGAGGGGUCCGCAUCGGCACAGCUGAUAUAUACAAGGUCGUAGAGCAUAUGCCCGAGAUUACGGAAGCGCUUUGCUGCGGUGUGUCUCGUAGUGGAGACGUGAUCAUUGCUCUCUUCGUGGUACUUCAUGCUGGAGUCACUCUCGACAACGACCUGAGGGCGAAAAUCAGGCGCGAAAUCCAGAACAGCUGUACUCGUCACCAUGUACCGGGAAUAAUAGAACAAGUAACUGACAUACCUCGAACCAAGAACGGCAAGAUUGUUGAGUUGGCCGUUCGUGAAGUUCUCCAUCACCGCAAAGUGAAAAACGUCAGUGCUCUGGCCAACCCUCAAGUUCUGAAGGAGUUCGAGAAGUUCGCGAUAUGAACCGGACUCCGGUUACCGGAGCACACUUUUUCUCAUGGCCUCUCUACGGUCGUACGCUUCGUUUUUGGG